AUGCAGCACGACCGGCCCGGGUGCGGAGCCAGGCGGUGGCUGGGAAGAAGGGUCGCGCGGCUGGGCCUGGUGCCCAGGAGCGGGAGGCCUGCGGCGGCUGUAGGGCAAAGAAGGCAGAGGCAGGCUGUAGGAGGCUGGGCGCGGAAGGCCGUGGGUGCGCUGCCACCUUUCUGCCAGGUGGGCUGCGGAGCGGGCGCUGCGCCCAAAAGGGCGCGGCCGGGGUCCGGACCACUACACGCGGGAGGUGAGGAGGGGGCGGGGCCGCGGGGCGGGGCCGCGGGGGCGGGUCCCAUUGGCCCCCGCGGGAGCGGCCGCGGCCGCGGCGGCGCAGGCGCGGUUCCCGCCUCCUCGGCCGGCGAACGAGUGGAGGCUGCAUCCCGGUGCGGCUGGUUGUCGCGUCGCCGCCGCCUCCGCCGCGGAGCACCCCCCCUUCCCCCCCGCCCCGCCGGGCUGCCUAGAGUCGGAAUGAGCUCCAGGAAAGUGCUGGCCAUUCAGGCCCGAAAGCGGAGGCCGAAAAGAGAGAAACAUCCGAAAAAGCCAGAGCCUCAGCAGAAAGCUCCUUUAGUUCCUCCUCCUCCUCCACCACCACCACCACCACCACCGCUGCCACCACCGCUGCCAGACCCAGUGCCCCCAGAGCCAGAGGAGGAGAUUCUGGGAUCAGAUGAUGAGGAGCAGGAGGACCCCGCAGAUUACUGCAAAGGUGAUGUGGUGGAAUGGCAGGGUGGGCUUGCUUUCCUUGUAGGGCUACCAAGUAACUUGGGGAGUGGGCCAGGGGAGUUAGUGCAGUAACUACUUGAUAUUUAU